AUGGCGGUACCGGCUCGAGGGUUUAUUCGAUUUGCUGGAUUGUCAGGAGCCACAGCGAUUGCAAUGGGGGCCUAUGGCGCACAUGGUAAAUUUAAAAUUCUAACCUUAUGUAGGACAUAUGAUACAGGUUAUAAGCUGCAUUUGGUUCAUUCUGUAGCUUUAUUAUCUAUGCCUUUAAUGAGGAAACCAUAUUUGGUUGGUGCCUUAAUGUCUACAGGAAUGGUCAUAUUUUCAGGAAGUUGUUACUAUCACGCCCUGACAGGGAACCCCAGGGUACGCUGGAUCACCCCCUACGGUGGAAUGAUGUUAAUAUGUGCCUGGCUUGCUAUGCUGUUUUAA